UCUGACGCCACCUAAACAUUCCUACCACCAAGUCAUACCUAGCUAGUAGUGAUUAAUACCCAACCAACUGGAACUAAUUAGAAUCGAGGAAAUAUAUCAUGUUAAAUUAGUACAACACCGCAAUAAAAUGAGUUCUAUUGGUGUUGUAGUGUUCAGAAAUUCACCGCUGAAAUCUCAAGUGCUUCAGGAAACUGUGAAUAAUUCAGUGAAUAUUACAAAUAACGAAAAUGUGAGACGUGAAAUCAUAAUAGUGAGAAAGAAACCAAAAAUUCAAUCCCCAAACACAGUGUCAGUAUCUUCAUUAGUGCAUUCUUUGGAUGGAAAUACAAGCUCAUUAGCUAAACGCCCAAAGUACCGUGAAACUGCACCCGAAGAAGUCUCGCGAAAUCCAACACCCAUAGCAGUGGCGCGACGAAAUGCGCGGGAAAGGAAUAGAGUUCGUCAAGUAAAUGAUGGCUUUGCUGCUCUUAGACGGCAUAUACCGGAAGAAGUAGCGGCAGAAUUCGAGAACGCAAACUCAAACAGAGGACCGAAUAAAAAACUAAGCAAAGUCGAGACUCUACGAAUGGCCGUAGAAUACAUACGAAAUCUGGAAAGUUUACUUAACAUUGGACAUGCUGACAAAGAAAAUUAUUCCAGGCCUUCAAUGGAAUCGUUUCCCUCGCCUGCUUCAUCAUCACCGCGAGAGAAUAGUCAAGAAAGAAGUUACUUUUCCAUGAAUUCUCCUGCAGUGGAUGAGGAUGAUGUUGAAGAAGAUGAACAAGGCUGUACAAUAAAUCAAAUUUCGGCACACCAUUAUAUAGACAUGCCAGUAUCUGAUGGUUUACACCCAGUGCCAACUCCAAGGUUAUACGAUGAAGAUGAUGGACAACCUAUGACACCUUCCUCAGAUCUUCUCCAUCAAGAAGAAAUCAAUCAUCACCACCUGCUGGAAAGCCACUUUCAGUUUCCAAAUGCAGCUGAACAUUUUACGGUUAUCCCAGAACAAAAUUAUUGUACUGACCCCAAAGUAGCUAUGAGUGAUAGUGAAUUCGAAGCCAAAUACGUAGAUACAAUACAUCAAAGGAUUCAAACAACUUAUGAGGAAGAGUCUGCAUUACAAUUAGAUUGUAUUAAUCCUGAUUUGAUUUUAAAUCACAAUGAAUAUAAGUUCAAAGAAGAAGUGCCUUAUCUUGAAGAAGAAAGAUACCAUGACGUGGAAUUAAAAAAAGAAAUCCCCGAAAUACAAGUGACUCCUGAAGAUCGCGAACAGUUUGAAGAAACUCUCAAAUGGUGGCAAGAAAAAACUCGACAGGCUUUUUUAAUUUCUAAAAAUAAAAAGUCUUAGUAAAUGUGUUAGAAGUAAAUUUCUUAAAUAUAAAUAUUGUAUUUGUGCUGUAAAUAUCAGUUGUAAUUGUAAGUAUGUGGUUGAAACAUACAGCUGUCAGUGCCAAAGUCGAUGUUCGACGCAAACGCAAGGUGUUUAGUAACGGUCAUUGGUAUAAUACACAGUGAUAAUUGCGUCUAUUGCGUCCACUUCAUUGCAUGUAAUAAAAUUUAUUUAUAGAUUUAAUUUGAAUAUGAAAAUAUCAACUAUGUAUAAUUGUAUAGGUAAUCGUGUUAUAAUUAUUGUAAAGUUACUUAUGGCACCAAAUUUUUGUUAAAUGUAUGUAGUACCUUAAUAUGUGCCUUUGUGGAAACGAUGUGAUUUUAGAUUAGUAAUAAUGAAUUAAAUAAAUGCAUUCUGUAAAAAA